GGUUUAUUCAUUGGGUAGCGAAUCAGAUUGUUGAUUCUCUUUAAAAUCUUUAAAAUUUAAUUUUCUCCCUUUUUUUUUUUUUUUUUUUUUUUUUUUUAAGUUUUGUUGCUAGAUUAGUUUAUGUUGAAUUUUCGUAAGUGUUAAUGCAAAAAUGUAUAGGAGCGGUUCAAUACAUGGUUAGUAUGAGCAUGGUUUCAGAAUGAUGCUUGAACUUAAAAAUGGUAUAGCAAAAGCAAUGAAAUUCAUGUGGUUACUGGUUGAGUACGAGUCAGUUGUAUAAAUUGCGCACAAUGUGUUGGGCAUUUUUGCUUAUUCUGCUAGAAUUAACUAAGAACCGAGGCUCUCAGUUCAUUUUCAGAAUGGGGGCCGGAAGGAAAUCACAGCCUUUGAUAAUUAAUGGAAGUGCACCUGCUUCAAUCUCCAGUUCUCUAUUUGCAAGAAAUUUGGGGAAGAUCCACCUUGGUGGUGUCAUAUUUGGAUGCACAAAUACCACAAUGAAGGAAUGCCUUUCAAAACAACUUUUUGGCUUACCAGCUCAACACUUUUCUUAUGUAAAGAAUAUUGAUCCUGGCUUGCCGCUUUUUCUGUUCAACUACAGUGAUAGGAAACUUUAUGGAAUUUUUGAGUCUGCUAGCCCUGGCCAGAUGAAUAUUAAUCCAUAUGGGUGGACGUCUGAUGGUUCAGAGAAAACACAGUAUCCUGCACAGGUUCAAAUUCGUGUCCGGCUACAAUGCCAGCCAUUGAUUGAAAGUCAGUUUAAACCGAUAAUUUAUGACAACUAUUAUAAUAACCAUCAUUUCUGGUUUGAGCUAGACCAUGCUCAGACAAGUAAGCUGAUGUCCUCAUUGGCAUCUUUAGCAGUCGCUCCUGGUGCCCCUGUACCACAGUGUAAAAUCAAGCGAAGAACUGGUUCCCAAGCUUUUCCUUCACAUGAUAUAAGAGAGGAGGGUGAAGGGUUUGUAUCACUUGCUUUAGAUGACACUAGAGAUGUGGCUUCAUCUUUAAAUGGAAAUAACCAGCUAUUGGAAGCUGAAUUAGAUAUGAAACUGGUUUGCCAAGAGGAGAAAGAUAUUAUAUACAACAAACUAAAAGAAUUGGCUCUCGAAUGUAAUCUUAAGAGCAAAUGUCAAGAGUUGUCUCCGUCAGGUGAUGUGGAAGAUGCUACCAAAAUGAACAAUUUGCUCUUGGAGGAGAAAAGUUAUCUAGAGAAACCAAUGCUGGAUGAUGUGGAAAAUACCACUGUUUCGAAUGAUCUGUUCUUGGAGGACAAAGGUUAUCCGGGGGAACAGGCGGGUUUAGAAGACAACAAUGGACAGACUCCUUAUCCAUCAUCUGAGUACCCAUCCAUCGUUGCUCAGUUGGUUCAAGAGGUGACUGAGCUAAAGCUUUUUAAAACAGAACAGACUCAGAAGAUAAUUCAUUUGGAGCAGAAGCUGGUGCAGGCAGAGAUGGAAAUUCAAACGUUAAAAGGACGUCUGAUGUUGGAACCUGAAUCUGAUCCUUCUACGGUUACUGUUAAUGAAGAUGUUAUUGAAUUAUUUGAUGAGCUGUCUUUGGAUCCUAGUGAGUCAAUAUUUUUGUUUGGAGGAUACACUGGCGAAUCAUGGUUAUUGGCAUUGGAUUCAUAUUAUCCUUCACAUGAUGUGAUAAAAUCUCUCAGCCCAAUGAACUCUGUUCGUUCAUAUGCUUCAGUUGCACAGCUGAAUGGUGAUCUAUAUAUAAUUGGUGGUGGAAAUGGAAAUUUAUGGUAUGAUACAGUUGAAUCAUAUUGCCCAGCUAAUGACCAAUGGACUCAGCGCCCUUCUUUGAGCCAGAACAAGGGAAGCUUAGCUGCAGCAAGUGCUAAUAACAAAAUAUUCGCUAUGGGUGGAGGGAAUGGAAUUGAGUGCUUUUCAGUGGUUGAAAUGCUUGAUUUAGAUGUUGGGCGAUGGAUAAAUACACAAUCAAUGAUGCAAAAGAGAUUUGCCCUUGCUGCAGUGGAACUCAAUGGUGUGCUUUAUGCUGCUGGUGGAUUCGAUGGGAGUGAUUAUUUGAAGUCUGUGGAACGAUUUGACCCCAGAGAACACACUUGGACAAAAAUUGCAAGUAUGAAUAUGAGGAGAGGUUCUCAUUCUUUGGUUGCUUUGAAUGAAAAAUUAUAUGCUCUAGGUGGUUUUGAUGGAAGUACAACCGUUUCAAGUGUGGAAAUUUUUGAUCCACGGCUUGGAUUAUGGAUGACUGGGGAACCAAUGAUCCGCCCUAGGGGAUAUUCAGGUGCUGCAGUCGUUGGGGAAUCGAUUUAUGUUAUCGCAGGGGUGAGAGGAGGUGAUGAUAAUAUAGAUGACAACAUCGAAGAUACAGUUGAAAUUUACAAGGAGGGACAGGGUUGGCGUGAUAUAAAGUCAAAGUCCAUUGGAAAAAGGGGCUUUUUCUCAGCCAUUGCUUUAUCUCCAUGACCUUUUCAAGGUCGAAUAUUUUGCCUUUUGAUAUUACCCAAAAUGUACAGGGGAAGAAGCUUAUUAUAUUGUGGCGCUGCCUAUGGCAGUUAAGUCUCUCACCUGUUAUUUUGUAACAUUAUGCCGUGGGAACUGGUAAUGGACCAUCCAAUAUAAUGAGCUUUUAAAGUUGGUUAGUUUUGAUCAA